AUCUCUCAGCCACAUUGAAUUACACUGAUUAUUAUCACGGUCUAGUUACAUUACUAAAGACAUAUCAUUGCCAUAAUCCAUUCAAAUUAUCAUUUCCAUGUCUUAAGCUCAAUUAAUAUUGCCAUUUCAUCGUCAUGGCUGUGUUGCCGACAGCCUCGACCAAUGACCGUCAUAGUCAUAAAGGUUCAAGCACCUCCCAACCUCAGGAUAUUGCGAUAAUUGGCUUCUCAUGCAGAUUUGGAGGCGACGCUCACGAUACAAAUGGGUUCUGGGACUUAUUGUGUAAAGGCAGAGGUGAGAUCAUACAUAUCAGCGAAUUGCGAUAAUGCAUACUGACAGCUUCUCAAGCCGCCCAUACAAAGGAAGGCAGGUUCAACGACAAGACAUCAAAUGAAACGAAUGAAAGAUUUGCCGGUCACUACCUUCGUCAAGAUGUAUACGCAUUUGAUGCCAACUUUUUUAACAUUCCCGGCAAGGAGGCAAAAGCCAUGGACCCGUCGCAAAGGCUCAUGCUCGAAGUGGCCUACGAAGCUUUCGAGAAUAGUGGGUUGCCAAUUGAGGAGGUACGAGGCACUAACACCAGCUGUUACGUGGGCCAAUUCGUGUCAGACUACCGUGAGAUGCUGUUCAGAGACGCUGAAUCGGCACCUACCUACACCGUUACUGGGACAGGAACAUCCCUCAUUUCAAACCGGAUCUCUUGGUUCUUCGAUCUUAAAGGGCCUAGCUUCACGAUAAAUACGGCUUGCUCUUCCAGUAUGGUUGCACUGCAUGAAGGAUGCGAGAGCCUUCGACGGGGGGAGUCCAAUAUGUCGAUUAUCGGUGGCUCGAAUCUAAUCCUCUCCCCAGAGAUGUUUACAUACUUGCGUAAUCAAGGUUUCCUCGCCCCGGAUGGCAAAUGCAAAACAUUUGAUGCCACUGCAAACGGCUACGGUCGUGGAGAGGGUGUGGCUGCCCUGGUGAUCAUGCCAGUUGAGGACGCUAUCCGUCAGGGACACCCCAUCCGUGCAGUCAUCAGGGGAACAGGUGUGAACCAGAACGGGAGGACCAAAAGUAUCGUAAUGCCUAGUGCAGAGGCACAGAUGAGCCUAAUAGAGAAAACCUACCAGUCUGCGGGUCUUACCUAUGGUGAGACAACGUACGUGGAGACUCAUGGCACAGGCACCCAAGUAGGAGAUCGUUUGGAACUCGAGGCUAUUGGCAGAACGCUGGCCCAUGGACGAAAGUCUCGCAAGAGACUCCUGGUGGGGUCUUCCAAGCCAAAUAUUGGUCAUACUGAAGCAACUGCCGGGCUCGCGGGGGUAAUCAAAGGGAUCCUGGCGCUGGAAAGUGGUCUUAUACCGCCCAACAUCUACUUCCACGCGGCCAAUCCGACUAUUCCCUUUGAUGAAUGGGCGGUAUCUGUGCCCACUCAGUUAACAGCCUGGCCAUCUCAAUCUCUACGGCGUAUGAGCGCAUGUUCCACCGGGUACAGUGGCACAAAUGCACAUGUCGUGCUCGAUGAUGCCUACCACUAUCUAAUGCAGCGUGGUCAUGUCAACGCUGUCCACUUCACUAGAACCCCUGCCCAUGUUAAUGUGGACGAAAUGGUCCAACAUGGUUAUCAUCUGAUUGCAAGGCAGCUACCAGAGCAAGCUGCGGCGAACAAGAAACUUGCGCCAGCGACUCAGUGCAGGAUCUUUGCAAUUCAUGCUCAAGAUCAGGACGGCGUCAAGCGGCAGAGCGCAUCUCUCGCCAGAUAUCUGAACAACCACGUCCAGAAUGAAUCAGGCCAAUACGAGCAUACAUUCCUACGUGAUCUCGCGACGACCCUCAGUGAAAGCCGCUCACGAAUGCCCUGGAGAUCGUGUGUACUCGCAAAUUCCAUGACAGAGCUACGUUCGCGUCUCAAUGAUGUCCCAAUCCCACAAAAGAGUAGACAGGAUCCCCGUGUGUGCUUCGUCUUCACCGGACAGGGCGCCCAAUGGGCACAGAUGGGUAUUCAGUUGUAUCACAAGUAUGUUGUUUUCCAGAACAGUAUCGACGCUGCUACCAGAUACUUGAAAUCGGAGCUCGAUUGCCCAUGGUCGGCUCACGAUGAGCUAUUUCGCGAUGCUGCAUCUUCACGCAUAAAUGAUCCCUUCUUUAGCCAGACACUUUGCACCGUACUUCAGGUUGCCCUCGUCAAUCUUUUGAGCCACUGGGGCAUUCGACCACGGUAUGUGGUUGGCCACUCGAGCGGUGAAAUAGCAGCUGCAUACUGUCGUGGCGCGCUUUCCGAGGAGGAUGCAUGGAAAGUAGCUUACUACCGGGGCCUUCUUUCGUCCCGCAUGUUACAAUCCUUUCCGGGAUUGGAUGGCGCCAUGUUAGCUGCUGGGAUAUCCGAAUCUGAGGCUCAAAAAUUGUUGCUGGAAUUAGCUGUGGAUGCUAGGCAUCCAAAAACAACACCACAGUUAGAGCAGGUUGCUGUUGUAGCCUGCAUUAAUUCCCCAAGCAGCGUCACACUCUCUGGUGCUGCAGGCGCUAUCGAGAUAAUGCAACAGAAACUUGAGGCGAGCGGGAAAUUCGCGCGCCGUCUCAAGGUCAGGAAUGCAUACCACUCUCCCCAUAUGGAGUGCAUCGCUGCCGACUAUGUUUAUGCGAUCCGUGAUAUUGUUCCCAAGGAUGAACAAGACAACGGCUGCACCAUGUUCUCGGCAGUGACUGGCGGUCUUAUCGAGCCGUGGGAGCUCGGUCCACUAUCUUGGAUGAAGAAUCUCGUCUCCACUGUACGCUUCUCCGAAGCUGUCCAGAGCAUGCUGACAAGUGGUGAAGAUAUUGACAUAUUGGUUGAGAUUGGUCCACACUCUGCGCUCCGCAGCCCGUUGAACCAGAUCUCCAGAGGUAUUGGUGGCAGCUUGACUGAGAAUAUUCAGUACGUGUCUUUAUUGCUGACUGGUAAAGACGCAGUCAAUUCGGCUAUGUCCGCCGCAGGGUUCCUGUACGGCCUAGGCGUUUCAGUAGACAUUGGUGCGGUCAAUGGCGACCAAGCUGCCGGUAUGCUAGUGGAUCUACCGCCGUAUGCAUGGAAUCAUUCGAAAAGUUAUGCAAGUAUUUCUCGCAUGGAAACCCAGUAUCAGCUCGCUGAGCAGGUAAAUGGUAACACCGGUCUUCUCGGGAAGCCCUGUCCGACAACGGGUGAGCAUGAGCGCAAGUGGCGCGGGUUCCUCAAAUGUGCCAAGAUGCCAUGGCUACGCGACCAUGAGAUUGAUGGUGCUGUGUUGUUCCCAGCCGCCGGCUACAUUGUCCUGGCCAUUGAGGCAGCUCAGAGGGUGGCCGAGCCACAUAGAACAGUCGAGUCGUUUCGCUUACGCGAUGUGACCAUCUCUGCAGCACUUGUUGUUCCUGAUGACGAUGAUAUAGAAAUUGUCGUUGAACUACGUCCGCAUUUCCACGCCACGCGCAACCGUACUGCGUCAGCGGUAUGGAUGGAGUUCUCUAUAUCCAGUUGCGUAGAUCGCCGUGAGCUCCGUGAGAAUUGUAGCGGAUUGCUCAGUCUAGAUUAUGCAGCGCCUGUUGACUCAUCGAUCGACUAUGAAAGAAGGCUGGCGGCAAAAGCUUUGGAGGUGGCACACAUAGCAGGAAGAAAGGCUUGUCUCCAAGAGGAUGAUGAUGCAGAGUUUUAUGAUUCAUUGUUUUCGUUAGGUCUGCAUUAUGGGCCAAGCUUUUCCAAUAUCUCCACGAUUCUGCAAGGCGACGGCCAAUCCUGUUGUACCGUUACUACUCAACGCUGGAAGGUCGAUGAUGAUAGGCUGUGUCAGCCCAAAGUCAUCCAUCCCGGUACCAUGGAUGCCAUGUUUCAUGCUGUAUUUGCUGCAGCACGUUAUCAGCAAAACAUGUUGGCUGGUGCAAUGGUGCCCAUCCUCAUUGAGGAAAUUAUCGUGUCAGCCAGCGCAUGUAGCGGCAGAGAUAUUACAUACACUGGCAUGGCAACAGCAAAGAGGCAUGGGCUGAGCGAGAUGAUUGGCGAUGUCAAUAUGCUUAGUACAGAGACGCUUGAGCCACUGGUUCAGGUCCGAAGCAUCUACUUGCGGGCUAUGGACUCCACAAGUGCCAACAAUACGCCGAGCCAAGACAUUAGGCAUAUUUGUAGCAAACUUGGCUGGGCGCCGUACCAUAAAGUGAAUAUAGACGGAAGCAAGGGGGUGAAAAGCCAAGAAGGCAAGGAAAUUGUGAUCCUUCGUAAAAAGGAACGGUCAACAGUGACCUCUCAGCUCUGUGAGCACAUUACCUUGGAGCUAUCAUCAAGAGGUGCGCGUGUCAGAGAGAUAAUAUGGCCAAGGAGGGUUGGUUCGCCACAGCUUCAAAGAGAAAGCUGUAUCUCGCUGGUUGAAAUUGACCAGCCGGUCUUGGCAAACGGACUACCUGAAGAUUUCAGUAUACUUCAGGAAUCUUUGUUGGCCUGCAACUCAAUGACUUGGGUUUCCAGGGAUGACGCAUAUGGAAGUAUUGUUCCAGGUCUUUCACGGAGUAUCCGUAACGAGAUUCCCUGGCUGAAGCUCCACACCAUGCAGAUCAGCCGCAACUCUUUGGUUGGUCAGAAGAUAGAAAGACUGGCUGGGGACAUUGUUGAAGUCGCUUGUUUGGAAACAGCAGACAAUGAAUUCCGUGAAAAGGAUGGAGCCAUUUUUGUGCCACGCUUAACAGAGGACCACGAAACCAAUGUAAAAGUUUCGGACAUCGCCAAUGAUCGAGACACUUUGAAGCAGCGCCAGUUGGGUGAGGGGUCAGUCGAUCCGGUAGACUUGUCGGUGCGGAACCCUGGUAACCUCAGUAGCCUCUACUUCAAGCCCCGUGGACUAGACAGCAUAUUGCUAGAGGAUGAUGAGAUCGAGAUGGAAGUUUUGGCAUCGGGCUUGAACUUCCGCGAUGUCAUGGUGGCCAUGGGAAUUAUUCCCGAUCUUUCCAUGGGUUUCGAAUCCAGCGGUGUUAUUACAGCUGUCGGAUCAGCCGUCAAACGUUUCAAAGUUGGAGACAGGGCGGUCUCGCUGUGCCAUGGCGGCCACUGUAAUCUCUUGCGAAACAAAGAGAUGUUGACUCAGCGCAUUCCGGAAAACAUGUCUUUCGAAGCCGCGGCGACACUGCCACUUGUCUACGUGACAGCCUACAACGCUCUUGUCCGCGUCGCACGUGCACGACGCGGCCAAUCUGUUCUCAUCCAUGCGGCUGCUGGAGGCGUUGGUCAGGCGGCAAUCCAGAUAGCGAAGCAUCUGGGUCUGCAAAUCUACGCGACCGUCGGAUCGGAAGACAAGCGGAGUCUACUUCGAGAGACCUGUGGGAUCUCAGACGACAACAUCUUCUCUAGCCGAGACACCAGCUUCGGGAUGGCCGUUCGGAGAGUGACAGGCGGAAGAGGUGUGGACAUAAUUCUCAAUUCCCUAGCUGGUGAGAUUCUGCGGGAGUCAUGGUACUGUUUGGCCCCGUUUGGCACUUUUAUCGAGAUUGGCUUGAAAGAUAUCCAGCAAAAUUCCAGUUUGGACAUGCGGCCUCUUAUUAGGGACGCAACGUUUUCCUUUUUUAACGUGAGUCGAAUGAUAAGGGAAGCACCAGAGGUAGUGAACGAGCUUUUAGACAGCACCUUUGCUUUACUGCAAGACGGAGUGCUGAAACCUAUCGAGCCUUUGACAAUCUUUCCCAUCUCCGACAUCGAAACAGCCUUUCGUACAAUGCAGACCGGCAAGCACCGAGGAAAGAUGGCGCUAUCCUGGGGCCGCGACCAGCACGUUCCAACUCUUGUCAAAUGCCGCAGCGAGAUCAGGCUCAAGGAGAAUGCAACGUACGUUCUUGCAGGCGGUUUCGGAGGGCUUGGCCGCAGCCUUGCAAAUCUUCUCGUCAACGCAGGUGCGAAGCACCUCUGUUUUGUAUCCAGGUCAGGUGGGCGCACAGCUGACGCACAAAGCACUUUAGCUAGGUUAAGGAGCCGUGGAGUACACGCGUGGGCGUACCAAUGCGACCUGGCAGACAUGGAAUCUCUCGAACCACUGCGCGAUAUGUGCAGCCAAGAGCAUGGUGCACCAGUCGGUGGAGUUGUGCAGUGUGCCAUGGUGCUACAAGAUGUUCCGUUUGAGAAGAUGACGCCUGACCAGUGGUGCAUAUCGCUGAGACCCAAGGUGCAGGGCACAGUCAACCUCGAUAGGUUGUCGUCAUCGCCGUCGUGCGACUUCUUUAUAGUGCUCAGCUCAUUUGCGGGCAUAUUUGGCAAUCCUAGCCAGGCCAACUACGCGGCUGCGUGUGCUUUUCAGGACGAACUGGCACACGAGCGAAGGGCUCGUGGCCAGCACGCAGUAUCUGUCGAUCUGGGUAUCAUGCGGGAUGUGGGCUAUCUGGCUGAGCACGGCGCAAAAGGACACCUCAAGGAGUGGGUGGAGCCAUUUGGUCUGCGUGAGAGCGAGCUGCAUGCCCUUUUGCACUUGGCCAUGACUACUGAGACGGAAACACAAAUCAUUACGGGGUUCGCGACAGGCGGGACAAUGAAGGAAUGGGGGAUGGCCGAGCAACCAUUUUACUUCCGUGAUCCCAAAUUCAGCAUUCUGGCGUGUGCUGGAUUAGGUGGUGAAAACGAUGCAGAGAUGGGAGCGAUGACAGGGGAAAGGGCGAAGAGGGACGAUUCGAAGGAGCUGCGGAAAGCGAUAGCCGGGUCUGGGUCUAGAGAUGAGGCACACCGAAGUAUCGUGAAAGGACUGAGUGCGAGGGUGGCCCGGCUGCUGCAGAUGAAUGUUGAAGAUAUUGAUGUUGGACGUCCUUUGCAUGCGCACGGCGUGGAUUCGCUUGUGGCUGUCGAGGUGCGCACAUGGCUGUUCCAGGACCUGAAAGCAAACUUGUCAAUUUUCGAUUUAACAGCUACAGCACCGAUGGAUUCGCUGGGGUGGCAAAUUAUGAAGCGAUGCGAGAUAGUCCCAGAAAAGUUCAAGAAAUGAGAGGGGUUAUGUUUCGACAACGCUUUGCAAUUAAAAGCAAUCAAUACCAUCGUGUCAUCUUGACUGCUACGUAAAAUAGAUUGCUUGCUAUUUUCAAUUUAGUCUAGAAGAUGUUCUGUAAUCCAGUGUGUAACUACUCCGUACCCUGGAUUUAGACAGCCUCUCAAGUUGUGUUAACAGUACUGGCAGGCCCGUUCAGUGAUCAACCUCUACUGGUCAGAAUGGCAAGAUCGCAUUGGCGCUGUGGAAACUGCUAUGCAAGCGAUCAAAAUCAUUGACACAAAAAUUUAUGAAGUAGCAUAAACUCAAGCAAUUGCUGG